AUGACUAGACGGUCCGGGAAAAGCCGGAGACGAGGUGACAAACAAGGAGGGGGUGGCAAAGGAAAUCAACCGAAGGAACUCUCUCCUGAAAGUCAACAUGCUUCGAAGAAGAAGACAAAAGAAGAGGAAGUAGACGAAGGUGGGGACGACGGAGAAAUGUCGAGCACCCCAUAUGAAAGUGAGGGGGCUUCGGGGGGCUUUGACCCUUCCCCUAGCAAACACAGCCUUGACCUUUCACCUCGUAACCAGAAACAACCACCGUCAAACCCUCAAGGAUCACCGGGCAAAAGUCAACACGAUCCUCGACAACAGCCUUCAGAGACAGCGACAAGCCACUUUCCAUCGAGUCCUAAAAAGGACCAGCAGAAACAGAAGCUGGAGAAAAAAUGUUCAUCAACAGAACAACAACAACAGCAGCAGCAGCCAUCGCACCCUCUGCUACAGACACCGCUUGUGGUAACUCCGCAGCCUCAACCACCACCACAGCAGCAGCAGCAGCAGCAACUAAACGUGAAAACAGACGGAAAAUGUCUUCAAAUCAAGACUCAUUGCCCAGACUGA